AUGUCGACUAGUAACGCCGCCACUGUUCUUCUAUUUGGGCCACAGUGCCUUUCCUUUGACUCAGAGGCCCUCAAGCAGCUGAGGAGCCUAGUGGUCGAGAGUCACAGUAGCGUAUGGCUUGAUACAAUUAGCGAGCUUCCAGGUUACUGGAAAACGCUUAUCAGUAAAUUUCCUGCUCUUGCCGCUCUCGGCGGCGGCGACCAGCUUCAAGAGCUCAACGCGUUCUUCAAAACCGGUACAAUCACGCCCGCUCUUAUUCAACUUCCCAACGUCAUCCUAACCCCCAUCGUGGUCCUUACACAUCUGGCACACUACGUGAGAUAUGUUGAGCAACAGAUCUCAUCAACAGGUGGCGAUGCUGAAGAUAUCUUUGCCUCUUUUGCUCAGCGUCACAUUGAAACGCUUGGCUUCUGUACAGGCCUUCUGAGCGCUUUUGCUAUUGCCAGCUCGUCAAACCGCUCCGAGCUUCAUCAAUAUGGUGCUGCAGCAAUUCGCCUUGCCAUGCUUGUUGGAGCCAUCGUUGACGCUCAAGAGGCUCCUGGAAGCGUCUAUGGUCCAUCUGAACUUUUUUCCGUCUCAUGGAACACCCCUGAAACAGGCAACAAGAUCAAAGAAUUAUUAGAUCUCUUUCCAGAGGCUUACAUCUCUGUCUCAUACGAUGAGCGCAGAGCAACAAUCACCACCGCCGAGAGCACUGCUGCUGCAUUGCAACAAAAGCUUCGGGAGGCUGGGGUUACGGCCAUGCUCGUUGGUCUCCGCGGGCGGUUCCAUCACUCGUGCCAUGCUGCCGACUUUGACUCUGCCAUUGAGUUCUGCGCGUCUCAUCUGGCUUUCCAGUUCCCCAGCGCUUCUCAAAUUGCUGUUCCUAUACGUUCAAACUCAGAUGUUGGAUGCAUUAAGGAGGGCAAGUUGCAUGAGAUCGCUCUUAGGGCAAUCCUUGUCGAUCACUGCCACUGGUAUGCUGCGUUAUCAAAGAUGUACAACAGCUUCUCCGACCCGCAGUCACUGUCUCUUGUCUCAUUUGGACCGGAACGGUUCGUACCGCCGUCCAUUGCUCGCAAGCUCGGCCAACGGCUGAAUCAUGUCGCCGACACCACUCUCGUUUCCUCAGUCUCGCCGAUUUUGGGCAAACACCAGCAGGUAAUAUCACAGGACAGUAUUGCGGUUGUUGGUAUGGCCUGCAAGACUGCUGGUGCCGAUGAUGUUGCGGAGCUCUGGGACAUCCUCUGCAAGGGGGAGUCACAGCACGUCGAGGUUACCCCUGAUCGUGUCAAUUUCCAAACUCAAUGGAGAGACGUAGAUCCCAAGCGAAAAUGGUUUGGAAACUUCAUUCGCGAUCCUGAUGCUUUCGACCACAAGUUCUUUAAGAAAAGCCCCAGAGAGGUAUCUUCGUCGGAUCCCCAGCAGCGGUUGUUGAUGCAAGUGGCCUACCAAGCCGUCGAACAGUCUGGCUACUUCAACAAGGGGCAACUUGAUAAGUCGGUUGGUUGUUAUAUCGGAGUCUGUUCAACCGACUACGAGAACAACGUUGCCUGCUAUGCCCCGAACGCGUUCUCGGCAACGGGAAAUCUACGAAGUUUCAUCGCAGGCAAGGUCAGCCACUACUUCGGCUGGGAAGGACCCGCCAUGACUCUUGAUACCGCAUGCUCGGCUUCUGCUGUCUCCAUUCACUUGGCUUGUCAGGCCAUCCUCAGCGGCGAAUGUACCAGCGCCCUCGCCGGUGGUACCAAUAUCAUGACGAACCCCUUGUGGUUCCAAAACUUGGCUGGAGCGACCUUCCUUAGCCCAACGGGUUCCUGUAAGCCUUUUGACUCCAAGGCUGAUGGCUAUUGCCGAGGCGAAGGUAUCGCUGCUGUGUUUCUGAAGAAGAUGUCUCUGGCCAUCGCAGAUGGUGAUCAGAUUAUUGGCUGCCUAGCAGCGACCGCCGUCAACCAGAACCAAAACUGCACACCCAUUUUCGUGCCAAAUUCACCAUCCCUAUCCAAUGUCUUUCAAACUGCCAUGAACCGCGCCGGACUCGAGCCAGCACAGGUGACUGUCGUGGAAGCACACGGAACUGGAACCCCGGUGGGUGAUCCUGCAGAAUACGAAAGCAUCAAGAAAGUCUUCGGAGGGCCUAUUCGAUCGGCGCCUCUCUAUAUGAGCUCCAUCAAGGGAUUGAUCGGCCACACUGAGUCGGUAUCUGGCGUUCUAUCACUGAUCAAAGUUCUUCUCAUGAUCCAGGAGGGUUAUGUCCCUCCACAAGCAAGCUUCCAGUCGAUGAACCCUCUUAUUCAUGCUUCUCCGUCAGACAUGAUUGAGGUGCCAACCAGCCUGAAGCCUUGGAAGAAUGAGUUCCGAGCCGCUCUCAUCAACAACUACGGCGCCUCUGGAUCUAAUGCGUCCAUGGUUGUCACGCAAAGCCUACCAGUUCAGGGCCAGCUCAGCAGUGCCGCUCCCAUUCACGCCGCCAAUAUCAAGCAUCCGUUUUGGCUCAGUGGUUAUGAUGAAAAGAGCAUUCGACAAUACGCUGGCAAGCUUCUCGGUCUCCUAAAAUGUAAAACGACUCCUGGAAAAGCUACGCCUGCUGUCUCUCAGCUCUCUUUUAAUGUCUCUCGACAGUCGAACCGAUCUCUGCCGCACAAAGUCAUCUUCACUUGCGGCUCCACUACUGAGCUUGAGAAUACCCUUUUUGAACUCAACAGCGGCCAGUCGAGCCUCUCCAUCAGCCAAAAAAAGCCAGCGAGACCGGUCGUCUUGUGCUUUGGAGGCCAAGUCUCUACCUUUGUCGGACUCGAUCGGCAGCUGUAUGACAACGUGAAACUCCUUCGCACAUAUUUGGAUCAAUGCAACUCUGCCCUCAAGUCCAUCGGCUUGGAUGGCAUCUACCCCGAGAUCUUUCAGCGCAGCCCUAUCCAGGACACUGUCAAGCUGCAAACAAUGCUUUUCGCCAUGCAGUAUUCCUGUGCCAAGUGCUGGAUCGACUGCGGCGUCGAGGUUGCUGCAGUGGUUGGCCAUAGCUUCGGAGAGAUCACUGCUCUCUGCAUUUCUGGAGUUCUGUCUCUCCAAGACACCGUGAAACUUGUUGCUGGCCGUGCACGUAUUGUGCGGGACACUUGGGGCCAAGACUCGGGCGCUAUGAUGGCCGUUGAGGCCGACCUUGACGUUGUUACUAGCCUACUAGACGAGGCUAACAAGGGCUGCGAGGCCAUCGAUACGGCCUGUAUAGCAUGUUUCAAUGGACCCCGUAGCUUUACACUCGCCGGAUCGUCCAAGACUAUGGACAGGAUUCAGGAGAUUCAGUCUCGGAACACGACUUUUGCCGCUAUGCGGACAAAGAGACUCAAUGUCACCAAUGCGUUCCACUCGGCCCUUGUUGAGCCCCUUGUUGAAAACCUGGAACGGGUUGGCGAGGACCUCACAUUCAAGGAGCCUCACACUCCCAUGGAGAGGGCCACUGAGGCGAAGACGACUAGUACCCCAACUGCCAAAUUUACCGCGGAGCAUAUGAGGUUCCCGGUGUACUUCAACCACGCGGUGCAGCGCCUUGCGAAAGAGUUCCCAUCUUGCAUCUAUCUUGAGGCGGGCUCUAGCUCAACCAUAACUAUCAUGGCCAGCCGAGCUCUUGGAGCCCCCUCGGAGUCUCAUUUCCAGGCCAUGAACCUUACCAGUGACAAUGCUGUCCAGAGUCUGGUGGAUGCCGCUGCAAGCCUCUGGAAGGAAGGCGUUCCCGUUCAGUUCUGGGGACACCACUCUGUGCAAACUCGAGAGUAUGACACCAUCCUCUUGCCUCCGUACCAGUUCGAGAAGUCAAAGCACUGGCUCGAAAUGAAGAUUCCAUCCAAGGCGAUUGAAGGCGUUGCCGCCGUUCCCCAAGCGAAGACCAUUGAACUGCCCAAGGGACUUUGGACAUUUAUGGGCUAUCAAGAUAAGAAACAAAAGGUGGCCCGCUUCGUGAUCAAUACUGGAGUCCCCGAAUAUCAAGAAUUUGUUUCUGGACAUACCAUUGCCGGCACUGCGCCGAUCUGCCCUGCAACCCUCGAGGUCGACAUGGCCGUUGAAGCUCUCAGUAGCAUCCGGCCUGAUCUUUUCACCUCGGGAUUUCUUCCUCAGAUUCAACGAGUCGACAACCAGGCUCCUAUCUGCAUUGAUCCCUCUAGAGUUGUCCAUCUCGACUUUGAAGCUGCUGAUGCCGAUGGCCGGGUUUGGGAUUGGAAGAUAGUCAGUAGCCAUCUGGAAAAGUCAGGGGGUACUAUCCUGCAUGUCACUGGAAAGAUUACCUGGCGUUCCAAGCAAGAUCCCAAUUACAGGGAUGAGUUCGCCAGGCUCCAGCGUCUUGUGCCUCACGAGCGCUGCAAGCGCGUGUUGGAGACUGAUGAAGCAGAUGACAUUAUCCAGGGCCGUAAUAUCUACACUGCCUUCUCCAGCGUGGUAGACUAUGGUGAGCAAUACCGUGGCGUAAAGAAACUCGUGGGUCGCGGCAACGAGUCUGCUGGUCGCGUAACUAUGGGACACGCUGGAAAGACUUGGCUCGACACGCACCUUUCCGACUGCUUCAGCCAAGUUGGCGGUAUCUGGGUCAACUGUAUGACUGAUUCUGAUCCGGCUGACAUGUUCAUUGCCAACGGCUUCGACCAAUGGAUGAGAUCCCCCGACGCUGCCUCUGGAAAGACAGAUGCCAGGCCAAAAGUAUGGGAUGUCUUUGCGUCUCAUCAUCGCGCCUCCGAAAAGGCGUAUGUCACAGACAUCUUCAUAUUCGAUGCUGCUUCAGGCCAGCUGACGGAGGCGAUUCUGGGAAUAAACUAUCACAAAGUCCCCAAGCUGUCAAUGAGCAAGGUCUUGGCCAGACUCACCUCUCCCGCCUUUCUCAAACAAGGUGCCCCUUCGACUACAGGCCCUGCUACCAAAGCUGCUGUGGCAUCUGGGGCAGCAACAGCAGUUACAUUGACCAGCAAACCUAUCAAGGCUGCUAAAACUGUCAAGGAAAAGAAGCCUAAGAAGGAAAAGGUGAGCAAAGUCUCUGAUGUCGCUGCCAAGUGCCGGAGCCUGCUUGGUACCAUGUGUGGUUUGGAGCCAGGCGAGAUCAAAGAUGAGUCAACACCAGCUGAUCUGGGCAUCGACUCUCUCAUGGGCAUGGAGGUCGCUCGAGAAAUAGAAAGCGAAUUCAAGUGUGAAUAUCCCGCAGAAAGCCUCAUGGAUAUCAACACCUUCCUUGAGAUGGUAAGAAGCAUCGAAUCUGUCUUGGGUGUGACUCCAAACGUUGAAGAUGAGUCCGACUCAGAAAGUGACAUCUCGGAUGAUGGUGCUUUUGAUGAUACGCCAUCAGAAUCACUUGAUGAUACGUCGUCACAAAGUUCUGUCCCCACCAACAACGCUGAUGUCCAAGAGUAUCUCGCAGAAUUCUUAGGACUCGAGAAGGCGGAUGUUGCAUUGGAAACUCUCCUGCGCGAUCUUGGUGUAGACUCGCUUCUCUCCACGGAACUGCGAAUGGAUAUUUCUGGCAAGUUUGAUGUUCAUAUUAGCGAGUCCGUGGCCAUUGAAGAGCUCUCUGUCAAAGAACUUCAGGAGAAGAUCAACGGGGUCCCUUCUGAGAGUCCAAAACCAGCUGCUACGAAGUCUAAGAAGCACGCUGAAGCAACGGUCUCGCCUGUUGCAGCUCCUAAGCCAUCUUACAGUGCUGUGUCAAUGCCACGAGGCGAUUUAGAUCUUCCGACAUCCAAAGUCCUUUCCGCCUUUGGGGAGACGAAGCGCCUUACUGACCAGUUCAUUGAGGAUUACAGAUGUGUCGGAUAUCUUGAUGCUGUAUAUCCCAAGCAGACUCGCCUCUGUAUUACUCUAACAGUCGAAGCUUUUGAGAAGCUCGGAUGCUCUCUGAGGGACGCAGCCCCUGGUCAGAAGUUGACUCGCGUCUCUGGCGCAGCUAGCCAGCAGAGGCUGGUCGACCAUCUUUACUUGAUUCUUGAACGCGACGCUCGUCUGAUUGACGUCGUCAAUGGCGAGAUAACCCGAACUGAUCUUCCCGUUCCUGACAAGUCCAGUAAAGCCAUUUUGGAUGAUCUUGUAAAAGAAUUUCCCGACCAUGUAUUUGCCAAUAAGUUGGCUUACUAUGCGGGCGCUCAACUCGCCGAUGUCAUCACUGAAAAGACAGACGGAGUCAAGGUGGUCUUUGGUUCUGCCGAAGGACGAGACUUGGUCUCUGGCCUGUACGGAGACUCGUUACUGAACAAGCUCUCAUACAAGAUGAUGGAGGAUUUCUUGAAGCGCCUUGCUGCGUCUCUGCCGAUGCACGAAGGCAAGCUCAAGAUCCUCGAAAUGGGCGCUGGCACAGGCGGCACUACAAAAUGGCUGGUUCCUCUUGUUGCGAGCCUCGGCAUCCCAGUUGAGUACACAUUCACAGAUUUGUCGCCAGGCUUCGUCGCGGCUGCCAGAAACAAGUUCAAGCAGUAUCCAUUUAUGAAAUACGCGGUACAUGACAUUGAAAAGGCUCCGCAAAAGGACCUGGUUGCCACCCAGCACAUUGUUGUGGCCAGCAAUGCUAUUCACGCAACGACACACAUGGUGAAGUCGCUGGAGAACACUCGGCAAUUCCUCCGGCCCGAUGGAUUCCUCAUGAUGCUUGAAAUGACUGAGACGCUCUCGUGGGUUGAUAUCAUCUUUGGUCUCUUUGAGGGCUGGUGGCUCUUCAAGGAUGGUCGUAAUCAUGCCAUUGCAAAUGAAUCACGAUGGGAGGAGACUCUACACUCUGUUGGAUAUGGUCAUGUCGACUGGACUGAUGGCUAUCUCCCAGAGACUCUCAUUCAGAGAGUAUUCAUCGCUCUUGGCUCGGGUUCACAGAAGGAUCGUCUCCCACUCGAUCCUAAGCCCUUGCCUAAGCAUAUGCUUACUGAUCUGCCUGCUCGUGAGGCAGCAGUGGGAAACUUUGUGCAAAAGUAUUCUAGUGGUUUUGCCCCAGCGGCUCAGACCGGUACAUCAAAUGCUUCGAGCACAAACGAGGCAUGCAUACUCGUCACAGGAGCAAGUGGCAGUUUGGGAGCCCAUCUCGUCGCCCAUCUCUCCAAGCUUCCGGAGGUGAAGUCGGUGAUUUGCCUAAAUCGAAGGAGCGCUACGGACCCUGAUACCCGACAGCGUGAAUCUUUCCGCAGCAAGGGAAUCACACUUCAAGCUGAUGAGCUGUCCAAGCUGAAGGUUAUCGAGACGGACACAUCAAAGCCGAACCUCGGUCUCGCCGAUGGCGAUUAUCUAUCUCUGAGCACUCAGAUCACCCACAUUGUCCAUAACGCGUGGCCCAUGAGCGCCAAGAGACCCAUCAACGCUUUUGAGAACCAGUUCCAAGUUCUCAGGAAUCUCAUCGAUCUCGCCGCCGCGGCUUCUGCCGCUCGCCCACCGGGCUUCAAGGUCGGGUUCCAAUUCGUAUCCUCCAUCGCUACGACCGGCCACUAUCCACUAUGGAGCGGCAAGGUCCGCGCCCCAGAGGAGAGAGUUGAGAUCAAUUCUGUUCUGCCGUCUGGUUACAGUGACGCCAAGUAUGCCUGUGAGAAACUCCUCGACGAAACUCUUCACAAGCACCCUGAUCGGUUCCGAACCAUGGCUGCUCGCAUCGGCCAGAUUGCCGGUUCAACUUCCAGCGGCUAUUGGAACACUGUUGAGCAUUUCUGCUUCCUGGUAAAGUCUGCGCAGACUCUGUCGGCUGUUCCUGACUUCAACGGGGUCCUUUCUUGGUGUCCUGUCGACAUCGUUGCCGGAACCCUAUCAGAUCUCCUUCUCGCAGACAAUACCCCCUACCCCAUCUACCACGUUGACAACCCUGUCCAGCAGCCGUGGAAGGAGAUGACUCCACGCCUUGCCGACGCUCUGGGCGUUCCAUCCGAUCAUAUCGUCCCAUGGUCGGACUGGCUCACUCGGGUCCGGCAGUCGCCCCUCCCAGAAACCGAAAAUCCUGCCGUGCGUCUUGUGGGCUUCCUAGAAGAACACUUCCUCCGUAUGUCGUGCGGUGGCCUCAUCUUGGACACAGCCAAGUCUUGCGAACACUCGAAGACUUUGGCUGCCACUGGUGCAGUAAGCGAGGAGACUUUGAAGAAAUAUGUUCGCGCUUGGAGAGAGUGCGGAUAUUUGAGGUGA